UGUAGCCUAAACAGCAUCUGUCACAUUUACGCAUAAAAAUGUUUAAAUUACAAAAAUGGUUAUUAGUUCUGUUCCAUGUGAUAAGUAGGCCUAUAUGUCCUGAAAUUAGCUUGACAACCUCGUGUAGCUUGCCGCAGUCUACAGCAGGUUGUAUGAUAAGAGUUGUAAAUCGGUUAUGGACCAUCUCCAUUUAUGCAGAUGGCCGCCACCCCUAAAGUUGCGCUUGUGACCGGGGCCAAUAAGGGCAUCGGUUGUGUGGGCUCUGUGCAAACAAUUUACUGGCGAUGUGUACCUGACUGCCCGGGACGUGGGUCAGGGAACAGCAGCAGUAGAGCAUCUGAAAACGGAGGGCCUGGAACCAUUAUUUCAUCAACUUGACAUCACAGACCCAGAGAGUGUGACCGCUGCACGGGACUACUUUCAGAAAAAAUAUGGUGGUGUGGAUGUUCUCAUCAACAAUGCUGGCAUUCAAAGGGGCUGACACUACACCAUUUGGAAUUCAAGCAGAGAUGACACUCAAAACCAACUUUUUUUGCAAACAGACAUGUGCAGUGUAUUUCUUCCCAUCAUGAAACCAGGCGGUAGAGUUGUGAACGUCUUGAGCAUCAUGGGCAAAAUUGCCCUGGGCAGAUGCAGUUCAGUCCUUCAGGGUCGCUUCCGCAGUGAUGGCAUCACAGAGGACGAGCUUGUGCUGAUGAUGGAGCAAUUCAUCAAGGAUGCUCAGAAGAGCAUCCAUUUAGAAGAAGGCUGGACUGACACCGCCUAUGGUGUCUCCAAGAUUGGCCUCACCAUCCUCUCCAGGAUUCUGGCACGCAGGUUGAGGCAGGACAGACCCCAAGACAAUAUUCUCCUCAACUCCUGCUGCCCAGGCUGGGUGAAGACAGACAUGUCAGGGCACAAUGGUCCCUUGACCCCAGACCAAGGUGCGGACACCCCUGUGUAUCUCGCUCUGCUGACCCCUGGAGCAGAUGAACCUCACGGGCAGUAAAGGAGAGGGAGGUGUACGAGUUUUAAGCAGUUUAGAGCAGUGUUUGGGUCAGGGGAUUCUGUACUUCUUAAUAAUAACCUACUUGUUAAACCUUUUGAUACUUAUCUUUCCAUAUAGACUAGCAGAAAGCAUGGACAUUAUCCCUUAAAUUAUGCUAUUUUAACACACAUUUCAUUUGUAGCUCAUUGAUGGACCAGAAUGUAGCAUUUAAAUAUAUCACUUUACAAAUAGGAUUUUGCACUCAUGAAUUUUCAAAUUGUGUGCAUAUAACACUACUGCCAGGUCAUGUAAUGUGUACAUAAAUGUAUUUAAUCUAUUUUCAAAUGACACUACUUUUUAUUUGCC